UGCUGGAAUAGGGUGGGCGCUCGCCUGCUGAGACCAGGAGGAACUUUACAAGUCGUCCAGUUGGCAAACUGACCAAGUUGUCUUCGGAAACUUGAAGCCUCACAACAAAACCACCAUGACUUCGACCAACAUGUUCCAAGGGUUGGAUACUGGGUCAAAACCGAGCUCAAGGGUGCUGCGGCCUCCUGGUGGUGGCUCCAGUAACCUGUUUGGAGGAUAUGAAGAAGAAUCCCCACAAUCUAGAAGACCAAAUAAGAUGGCUUCUAAUGUGUUUGCUUCACCAGACGAGUCCCAGGCUAUACCCAAACGCUCCAACCCUCCGGGUGGGAAGAGCAGUGGAAUAUUUGGGGAACCUCAACCUCCAGUCCAACCUCAGCGACCCGUGCCUCCAGGUGGACCAACCAGCAACAUAUUUGGGUCUGCGGAAAAUGCAGCUCUCCAAAGCCCAAGCAGAAGUCACCCAAAUAAGCCAAAGGACAAUCUAACCGUAGGACCUGAACCUGAAUCACCAGCACCUGUGGUCAAGGUCAGCCAGCCCGAGGUCAAAGAGCAAUCCGUCUCACCAGCCGUUGUGCCAGCUAAGGAGGAACCUGCUGUUGCUGCUGCUGUUCUUCCUGCUGCUGCUCCUCCUCCAGCCCCCCCUGAGCCCUCCUCCUCUUCCCCACCUCCUAAUGACGAGACUUCGCUGAAGAACCACGAGCCUCACCUGGGACCCAAGCCUCGUUCGCACAACAGGGUCCUCAACCCCCCCGGAGGAAAGUCGAGUGUGGUAUUCUACUGAUCCACGGAACACACCCCUCCCGUCCCAGUGUGUGUCUGUACAAUUUUUGUCUGCUUCCCCUUGCAUCUUCUCUCAUUCCAACUCCCCACCCCACUCUUCUCAUGGUUGUCUCACACGUAAAGGAAAGAUCAGGAGGUUUUGUUCUUCAAAACAAAUACAGACUGAUCAGUUGUCCUCAACUUGUUGCACUUUCAACCUGAUUGCAGCCCCUCAGCUCUUUUCCCAGUUCUCCUUGAAACUGCAUAAUACAAUCACGCCUGAUCAAUCAGUAAUCAUUAGCGCUGUGAAAUGGUUCCAUCCCAAUACUGUUACUCCAAAAAGACUUCUUUGGCCCUCAAGUUUUCCCUUUUUGUCAGUAACUCCAUGAGUGACACCUUGUUUUUUCUUCUUGGCUUUCUCCAAACAGCCAAUAGGAGAACUUGUCAUCUAUGUUCUCUUUUGCCUUGCUGUCCCUGUCAACCCAACAUGUGCCUGACACAAACUGUUUUCUGUCAGAACUAACUCUCUUCAGGGAAGAAAAUACCAAAAAUUGACAGACUCGAAGAUGAAUGCAGCUGCUUACUCCAAAAUGUUUCUGCUUCCCCCGAAAAAUUCCAUCUUGAUUUUACGCGAAUGUGUUUUUCUGCUUUGCCCUCAUUGCUCGCUUAAUCUGCCUUUAUUGUUAUUCCC